UUGGCGGCGAGGGAUACAUUGGGAGUGAUGGAUAGUAUCGGUGGUAAAAGCUGUUUGGAAAUCUGGACAGAGGAAAACGACAAGUUGGUGGCAGAACUGAAGAAUAUUUCUACCCACUCUGCAAGUUGGAAAGAUACCUUGCGUCAGAGCUAUGUUGCCUUCAACAAACUGCUAGAGAAGAUCCAAGGAUUGCCACCGACUAUACCCAGCGUUCCCCUGGAACUGACUGUGCUGUACAAUGCCAUUGUCUUAGGUAUCAGUUUGUCUGACGUCAUUCACAACGAUCACUCCCUGUUGUUCCAGGGAUUAACCCGAGGAUUAGAAGCAUAUGGUAAAUGUUUUGACGAACAGGACAUCAUGAAAUUAUGCAAAAUGAUAUUUCAGAACAUCAGUGACCCUACUUUUAUUCAGGCAGUUCAUUGGAUAAUAUAUCUGCAAAGCUUGCUGUGGCUGGCUAGAAAUCAGCUGGAGAAGGUUGAUGCAGUGCUACACAUGCUGAAGGAGAGAAGUUCCUCGGCCUCCAGUUUGAAUAUACAGUCUGAUGAUUUGUGGCAGUCCAUUAAAACUGGAAACCUAUUAAACGAUAGAAGGGGAAAGCAUCUUGUGUUGGCACUGAGUCUCAGAAGUCUGGGACAGUUGAUAUACACCUGUGCUACAUUUUUGCGAGGUGUUGGUAAAGUGGAAGAUGGUAAUUACCUGGAAGCCAUUGAUAUCCUGCAGCAAGCAACUGAGGGACUUUGCUCCAAGAAAAUUCUGGCAGAGAUCUACACUCUGAUCGGUUAUAGUUCAGUCCAAGUGGGCAAACCACAAACUGGCUUGCAAUAUUUCAGGUGGGCACUUCAAUUAGACAUCCAGUGCCUUCCUGCAUUGUAUCAUGCUGCUAUGGUCUAUCGACAGCUUGAGAUGGUGGAAGCUGAACUUGGGGCCCUAAACCAUCUUUAUAUGAUUUUUGAAAAUUGUGGUAAAUUUAAGGAUGCCAAUCAUGUUGAAUCUCAGUUUUUGAUCAAGCCGGAGCAACUGGUUCAGAUUCCAGCAACAUGCUGUCUGUUGACCAAUGUAAACCAAGUAUAUGUGAAACAUUCUCUUGCAAGAAGAUAUCUUCAGAUAGGAAGGGCUGGAGAGGCAGCAGAACAUUACCUUGACCUACUGGCUUUAUUCUGUGAAGGAUCACAACAGGAAGUAUUUCUUGUAGCAGACUGCAUGGUUCCUCGGAUUCCUGAAAUCUAUUUGGAAACAGCUGUGGCUCUUCUGCAGUGUCAGAGAUGUAACGAUGCCAUCACUGUCUGUGAGGAAAUUACCCACAAACUGUCAAGUUUACUUUCAGAAAAUUUAAGAUUUGAGAUUAGAGUUAAUGAUUGGUUGCCUAAAGAUUGCUCAGAAAAGACUGAAAUUAACACGGUUUGCCGGAGUUCCCUUUCAAACUAUUCCAGUGAGUCACAAACCCAAUGUUCAACAAAGAAAGAAACCCUCAAUUAUAUCCUAUGGAUGGCAAGUGCAUUAUUAUAUCAAGGACAAGCUUUUGCUCUCUUGGGAAAUAAUAAGGAAUCAAUUACUAAUUUUAGUCGAUGUGUUAAUUUGCUCCUUAAAGUUCAAGUUGUAGAUUCUGAUGAUUCUGUGCUUCCAGACAAGAAUACUGCCAUUCCCAAAGGAUCUGAUCUUCCAGGAGAGCCGAAUAGUCAAAUUGAUGCUUUGAAAGAGAACAUAAUGGAAGUUAAAUAUUUGCAAAAGCUGAAAUCAUUGGCUUUUGUUGGAAAAGGAGUGCAGCUGACAGAAAGAGGUCAACAAAGAGAAGCUCUGCAGAAUUUUCAGCUGGGUCUACAAGCUUGUCCUGAUAGUUUAGAAGCAAUGUAUAAUCUGGUGCAAGUUCUGUGGAAACUUAAAAGGAAGGAUGAAGCUGUCUCUUACUGGCAAAAAUAUCACAGUUCAACAAAAGCAUCUGCAGAAAAGAUGCAACAAGAGUUUUCCAAAAAAUUCCCAUUAUUCUUGAUUCCUCAUCUCAAUGAAGUAAGUCCUUCAGAGGAAGAAGCAGUUUCUGGAAUGUUACAGGCACAUUGUGUCUCUCAUUCUAAAGAGAAAUCAGCUGUUCAGUUUCUGAGAUCCACGUCUUAUUCAUGACCAUCAAGUCAUCCAGGUCCAUCUGAAAGAAAACAGCAAAGAACAUACUGAAUUAAUGUCAUUUUAAAUCAUUUUGAAACAUGCACUUAUCCUGUCUGUUGCAUGAUUUGGACAUGGCAAGUACCUUUGUGACAAAGGAAGAUUGCACUUGAUAUCUCAAUGUUUAAACUUCUAGUUCGGGUAUUACAUAAAUCUGUAAUGGAGCCAUGCAGCAGCUCUCCUAGAAGAUCAUUAUUCUUUUAUCUGUAUCCCACAAAGCUGUGAAUUCAGGAAUAUUGUCAGGAUUCAAGGCUGAGGCAGACAGAUCUUUGGUCUACAUAGAAGGCCAAACAUAAAACAUAGGCCAAGGUCAAAUCAUUAAUGACCUCAUCGAAUGGUUGAUCAGGUGGACAUAUCCUCCUAAUAUUUUCUUAUAUUUCCAUAAAUUAUUUUAUUAUCCAAUCUUUUGAAAUGAACAGAGAAUUUAUUUAAUCAGCAUUUACUUUUGACAUUUAUAAAGAAUCCAUCACAUACAAAAGAGCAUGUCUAAAUGUUCACA